CCCGGCCUUUUCUUCCUCCCAAAACCUGAAAAACUCUGCAAUCCUGAAUGCUCAAACCCUAAAAAAGCAAAGAUUUUUAAACCAAAGUACGCAUAAACUCGACACCCAUUGGAUCAUAUCACGUAGCAUUCAUCAUCGCCAUUGAAACCGGGGCCAGCAGUGCUGUGGGUGUUUCCCUCUGCAUGCCUGAAAAUUGUUUGGUAAUGAGCCAAUGGGCGUCCACAAAAACGAUGACCAGUCGUGUUGAAAGUCCCACAAUUUGAGAUUAUAAGAAAAUUUUGGUGUUUUUUAGGAUUAUGUCUGAUUUGGUGGCCCGUACUGGUCGGCUUCAGCAACGAUACGAGGCCGGUUGUCGCCUUGUCGCCGGGUGUAUUCCAUUUAGGUAUAGAAAUUCAAAUGAGACUGGUGAUAAUAACUCUGAAAAGGUGGUUGAGGUAUUGAUGAUUAACUCACCUAGUGGACCAGGCCUUUUGUUUCCAAAGGGGGGCUGGGAGAAUGACGAAACUGUUGAGGAGGCUGCAGUAAGGGAAGCUGUUGAAGAAGCUGGAGUGCGGGGGAAUCUGAUGGACUUCAUAGGAUGGUAUCAUUUUAAGAGUAAAACACACCAGGACGAAUUCAGCCCUGAAGGUUUAUGUAAGGCUGCGAUGUUUGCUUUGUUCGUUACAGAGGAGUUAGAUGCAUGGCCAGAGCGAAACACUCGGACUCGAAGUUGGCUUACCAUACCUGAAGCAGUAGAGAGUUGCAGGCAUCCAUGGAUGAAGGGCGCCUUGGAGGAUGGCUUCUCCAAGUGGCUUGCAACAAGUCAGCAAGUGAAGCGGAGAACUCAAGUUUAAGUUGAUUCAUCAAUGCAUAAGUAAAAGUUUGCAUAGUGGCGCAUAACAGGCAACUCGUGCCUACAUUGUUUCUAGGCCCUUUUUUUUUUUUCUUGAUCGUAGAUAAACACAAACAGUAGCGACAAUGCAUGCUGUUAUCAUGACUAGAUAGAUGCUGCUUCCUUUUUUAUUGAGAAAUGAGAAAUUCUUCUUAAGGAUUUUAUGUCACUAACCUCUGAUGCAUAUUUAGAUUUAGAGGGUAGUCCAAAGUAAGCCCACUUGGGGAUGUUGAUUUUUUAUGUCUUGGCACUUCAGCUGGAAAACUGAGGAAGAAAUAGUAGGUGAAAAU